AUGUUUCCGGAUUUCGAGAACGGAUCUAAAUACGAAUGGAUUGCGAUUACAACGGCAGGAUGUCGGACGAUCACAGACCUUGCCAUUGGUGUGGCGAUUUGCAUAGCUCUCAAGGCUAAAGCUGGAUUACUAUGGAGCAAUUCAUUCGUCAAACUUAUUGGGGACCUGGCAAUCGUAUCGGGGGUCCUUACGAGCCUCGCAUCCACAGCUUACCUGAUCUCGUUGAUCACUAGGCCUUCGAACUUGACUUACACUGGGUUGUACUAUGUAUACGGCAAACUUCAUGUUAAUACUCUACUAGCCGGGUAA